AGUGGCGCCCAAACAGGGACCUGAGACAACAAGGAGGAAAGCGAAAGCAGAUCACACGGCGUCUAAUUCAGUUCUACAAUUGCGUGCCUGUGUUCCACCUCCCUACUAUUUGAUUGUUGGAGAUGGGACCAUUACUUCAGUGAAAGAAGAUCAUCAUCAGUUAUACCGGCUGACUUGUCCUGCUUGUGUUUUGACCAAUUGUCUACCAGUAGAUGGACCCUGUAGAAGUGAAAUGAAGGUUUAUCUGCUCUUACAACCUCCCUAUUGGAUGUUGCCAGUAAAUGUUACAGGACCUUGGUAUCCUAAUUAUGGAAUGCAAUUUGCCUUAGAAAUCAGUAAACGGCUGCGCAGGACCAGACGGUUUCUUGGACUCUUGAUUGCUGGACUCAUAGUAGCAGUGACUGUAAUUGCCUCUGCAACUGUAUCUGUAAUAUCCUUACAUGAAAGUGCCCAAACAGCAUCCCAUGUAAAUGAAUUGGCUCAUAAUGUAUCCAAGGUGUUUGCCACUCAAGAGAGAAUAGACCGUAAAUUGGAAGCCCAAUUGGAGGCACUACAAGAAGCAUUGAUAUAUCUUGGUGAUCAGUUUGCUGUUUUGCGUACCAGACUUUCUAUAAUUUGUCAUGAUGCAUAUAAGCAUAUCUGUGUUACCCCUUUAGAGUAUACUAAUAUGACAUGGGGACAAGUGCGUCGUCAUUUACAAGGGGUUUGGCAUGACACUAACACUAGCUUAGACCUCUUACAGCUACAAGAAGAGAUAAAUGCUAUUGCAAGUAGCUCACUCAGUUUCCCUGACCCUGGGGAUCUCGCUGGAACCAUACUGCACCAACUUAAUGGGUUUAAUCCAUUUAAUAUUCUUCAGCAUUCCUUUUGGAUCUUUAUUGGAAUUGUCUCUGAAAUAUCUGUUAUACUUGUCUUGCUGUGUUGUUUCUGGAGAUGGGGUCUCACUGCCUUUACCACGUACCAAGCCAGGAUGCACAUGUUGCAAUUACAAACAAUAGGGGGAAAUGUGGGAGUGAGUGCCAGGCUGAGACCGGGUUGAGCAAUGGCUUCCUUGUUGACUCAGCCAACCCGGUGGUUCCCCCUCCCAUUCCCCCACUUGCAAAGGCAUACGAAAGCCUUGUCAAGGCUGAGAAAGCUAAUUCCUGAAGCCUGUGGUCUGUGGGUGUUGGCAGUAAUGUUACCCCCCUUUUCUACCCCGGGUCAAAUAGAAACAAACAUGGGAACUGUGUUUUGCUAGCAAUCUAUCAACAAGGUCUUGUUGUGACCCGUUUAGAAAGUUCACAAGAUACAUAGAACUAAAUGUUUUGGUCAGCGAUCAUGUGAAACCUGUUUAUUCUUAGAAUGACCUGACCCAUAAGAGUCUUGAUAUAAAAGAUUGUGUACAGCAAAA